UUACAAGAAGGGCUUGUGUAUCUUAAUCACAUAUUCAAAAAUUACAUAAAAAAUAAUAAAAUUAACAUGGCAUUCAAUGGAUAUAACAAUUACGGACCUCAAACAUGGCAGGUUGGAAGUCCAAGAUCUGGAAAUAUGACUGUUGUCGAUAUGGUCACAGAUGAUAUGCGUCACUUAGUUGACAAACAUUGGUAUCAAUUUCCACCAAUGAACCCACUUUGGCACUCAUUUUUAGGAUUCGCCCUUGCAAUCUUCUGCAUCAUCGCAUUACUUGGAAAUCUCUGCGUCAUUUACAUUUUCGCCAAAACAAAAUCUUUAAGGACACCAUCCAAUCUAUUCGUUAUUAAUCUUGCUGUUGCAGAUUUUAUGAUAAUGUUCACGAUGGGACCACCAAUGGUUAUUAACUGCUACUAUGAGACAUGGGUGUUUGGUCCUUUGGCGUGUCAGCUUUAUGGAAUGGCUGGAUCACUUUUUGGAUGUACCUCAAUUUGGACAAUGACAAUGAUUGCCUUUGAUCGUUAUAAUGUAAUUGUUAAGGGUAUCUCAGGAAAACCAUUGUCACAUGGCGGAGCAAUCAUUCGAAUUCUUUUCGUUUGGGCUGCAUCAUUAAUUUGGACAAUUAUUCCAUUGUUAGGAUGGAAUAGAUAUACACCCGAGGGAAAUAUGACUGCAUGCGGUACUGACUAUUUGUCCAAGGAUAUAUUCAGUCGAGGAUAUGUUGUCAUUUAUGCUUGUUGGUGUUAUUUCUUACCACUUUUCCUAAUCAUAUACUCUUACUACUUCAUCCUUAAGGCUGUUUCUGCACAUGAAAAGAAUAUGCGUGAACAGGCAAAGAAGAUGAAUGUUGCAUCAUUGAGAUCAUCAGAAAAUCAAAGUCAAAGCACUGAAUGUAAAUUAGCCAAGAUUGCUCUUAUGACAAUCUCACUUUGGUUUAUGGCUUGGACCCCUUAUUUAAUCAUCAACUUCGCUGGUAUCUUCGAAUUUGCUGUUUUAAGUCCAAUCUCAACAAUUUGGGGCAGUGUUUUUGCCAAGGCUAACGCCAUCUAUAAUCCAAUUGUUUAUGGUAUCAGCCAUCCAAAAUAUCGUAUUGCUUUACUCAAGACUUUCCCAUCAUUGGCUUGUGGAGAUAAACCAGAAGCAGAGACUGAAUCACAGGCAUCAGGAGUAACCGCAGUCCAACUUGAUGAAAAACCAUCUGCUUAAAUUUCCUUGUUUGGCUUCGAUAAUAACUAAUCGACUUUAUGCUCAUCAAUGAAAAUCUAAAAUUGUGUAGCUUUUUAACUCAAUGGAAAAGUUAAUUAAAUUUUCAAUGGGAUGUACUUAGUUGAAU